GCCAAUCCGUACCGUGACGUCAUCACUGCCGGCGGGUGACAGGUGUCAGAGACGUCAUAAGAAAGCGCCAGGGGUGCUACGGAUGUACUGUCGGGCGGCUCCCGGUACUCCGGUUUUCGGGAUGGGCCGCAGCCAGUGACUGGAGCUAUGGAGGAGUCCGGCCGGCACAAUGGCCUGGGGGAGCUGCUGGAGGAGUUCUCCCGGGCCCAGUUCCGGGCUAAGGACGUUGGACCGAAGGUGGAGAGGAUUGAAAGGCGCUGUCUGGAGCUCUUUGGCAAAGACUAUUUCUACAGCAUCAUCCAGAACCCCAACGGCGAACUGUGCAGCAACUACCCCCGGCAGAUCGUCUUCCUGGAGUACGAGAGCACGGAGGAGGACAAACACAUGUUUGAAAGCACAAUGCAAGUUGGCAAGCUGCAGGACCUCAUCAACCGCAGUAAGAUGGCGAGAUGCAGAGGGCGCUUCGUCUGCCCGGUUAUUCUCUACAAGGGGAAGCACAUCUGCAGGUCGGCAACGCUGGCUGGGUGGGGAGAGUUGUAUGGAAGAGCCGGUUAUAAUUACAUUUUCUCAGGGGGUUCUGACGACGCUGGUGCUGAUACUGAGGUAGCCGAUGACGAUGCUGCGGCCAGAAACGGGGAUUCACAAUUUGACAAAGUCCGGGGCCAUGACAUCAAAGUACUACGAUACCUCUCCGUACGAUAUAUCUGCGACUUGAUGGUAGAGAACAAGAAAGUGAAGUUUGGAGUGAAUGUCACCUCCUCGGAAAAGGUGGAUAAAGCUCAGCGUUAUGCAGACUUUACCCUUUUGUCGAUACCGUAUCCAGGCUGUGAAUUUUUUAAAGAUUACAAGGAACGGGACUAUGCUGCUGAAGGUCUUGUUUUUAACUGGAAACAGGAUUAUGUUGAUGCACCCUUGAAUAUUCCACCCUGCUUGACGAGGAACCUUCAUAUUGACUGGAGGGAAUACCAGAGUUGGGACUUGGUGAAGCAGACUCAAAACUACCUGAGGCUUCUUAUUCAUAUCAUCAAUGGCGAUGAUAGCAGCGGGUUGUUGGUGCACUGUAUCUCUGGUUGGGAUCGUACGCCGCUGUUUGUUUCCCUCUUGAGGCUGUCUCUGUGGGCGGAUGGAAUGGUUCACCGCUCCCUGGAGCCUGCUGAGAUCCUUUACCUGACUAUAGCCUAUGAUUGGUUCCUCUUUGGGCAUAUGUUGGCUGAUCGUCUCUGCAAAGGUGAAGAGAUCUUCUUCUUCUGCUUCAAUUUUCUGAAGCACAUCACUUCGGACGAGUUCUCCUCGUCGGGGAGAAAAUCGCGGCGGAAAAGCUCACAGCCUCGGGAUCCAGGUUUAUUGAUGGAAGACUUCUGUGCAUUAAAACCCCGGGAUCGUGGCAGUAACACCAGUCUGAGCAGUGACUUUUCUGUUAUUACUGAGGACUCCUCCAGUGCCUUUGGAAAUUCAAACUAUGAAGCUGUAGACCUCAUGACCUUUGGAGCACAGAGCCAUGCAGUCUGGAAGAAGACGCACCCCUCCUCACCGCACACAGUGUUGUGGAACAGGACUGCAGAGGAGCAUAUGCUCUACCCACUAGGAGCUGAAGCCAAGUCGUCCAGCUCCUCCUCCUCUAACCACUCAGACAUAUUCAUGAGAGCUGGGAGCAGCCCACUGGAAGUGCCACAGCGCAACUGGGACACAUGCCGAGCCUUUCCUCCAUCAGCGGACCAUUCCCUGCCCGGAUCGUCCGUCUCCACAGACUAUGGCAGCUGGCAGAUGGUAUCGGAGGGUGGGAGUGUUCAUGACCAUGGUCUCCUGAGUGCCGGAACCUUCCUACCCUUCAGCUUCACAGACGAGAAGUCUAACAAUGGCCUGUUGUCAGCAACGUCCGAAAGGGCGGCAAAACUGGAGGCGGUCAAGUCAAUCUUUCUCUCUGCCUACAACACCGCCAUUGGCUUAAAGACUGUGUCCCCAAGCCCCUCGGGAGCCAUCAGCGGCCUUCUGGAACAAUUUGCGCGAGGCGUGGGCCUGCGUGGCCCCAGUGCUAUAGUAUGACGGAACUGC